AUGGUAUCUGAUUCGUACUAUCGAAGUUUAAUUGAAGCUGUUCGUCAAUUACCGGUACUCUAUGAUCGAGCACAUCCGGAUUUUCGAAAUGUACGAAAGCGUAAUGAGGCAUGGAAACUUGUUAGUGAGACAUUAUUCAAACGUGGAUUCUCACCAAAUGAAGUAUCGGUAACAAAAUCAAGAGAUCGAUGGAAAAGUUUGGUACAACGAUAUCGAACCUCAGGACAAUUUGGUCCAGCAUUUAUGUUUACUGCAGAAAUGCAAUUUCUUGAUGAAUUUCUUAAUGCUGUACCUCCACAAUCAGCAGACGUGGUAGCAACAAAUUCGCUUCUUGGAAAUAUGAAAAAAGAGGAUAGCGAAUGGGAAUUUCCAGCUUUAUUUGGUAAUGCUAAUCAAACGGAUAAUAAUAUGUCUUUAUUUGCAAAUAUGGAUUCACCUGGAGGUUCUUCAUCACCAUAUGCGCAACAACAAAAUGAUAUUAAUGCAAUUGAUGGUACUAGUACCGAUGAUGGAUUGUUAAAUGGAAAUUGUAAUUUCUCUAAUGGAAAUGGUGCUUCAUCGGCACAUUGUGUUCCUAUUUCAAUUUCUUCAUUAUCUGUAAAAGAUCUCAUGGCACGAAAACGACCACGUCAGAAUGUUCCAGAUGGUCCAACAGCAUUAGAGAAAAGAAUUGCAAGUAGUUUGGAAACAAUUCAAGAAUUUAUCAGUAAUGCAUUUCAAAAGCAAAAGGAGCAAGAAACAGAAAAAGAAAGAAGUCCAAAUGCUGCUCUAUUUCAAUGCAUUGAUCAUCUUACAGCUGAUAUGUCACCAAAAGAGCAUCAAGAAGCAUUACGUGAAAUUAAACGAUCAUGUGUGAGUAUUUGUGCUAGGAUUAUGUCCGAAUCACAGCCAUAA